ACAGGCUUCCGUAGCCUACUUCCUUCUAGUAAAGAGGUGGCAAGAUGGCGGCGGAUCCCAAUAAGACCGAAAUCCUCACCAUCUUUAAAAGAUUGAGAUCAAUUGCAACUAAUAAGGCCUGUUUUGAUUGUGCUGCUAAAAACCCAAGUUGGGCAAGUAUUACAUAUGGAGUGUUCCUUUGCAUUGACUGCUCUGGCAUCCACCGGUCAUUAGGAGUCCAUCUCAGCUUCAUAAGAUCCACUGAACUGGACUCCAACUGGAACUGGUUUCAGCUACGAUGUAUGCAGGUUGGAGGAAAUGCCAAUGCUAACGCUUUUUUCCGCCAACAAGGCAGCACCACUAAUGACACCAAUGCCAAGUACAACAGCCGUGCCGCACAGUUGUAUCGAGAGAAGGUUCGUCAGCUGUCCAAUGCUGCACUCUCAAAAUAUGGCAGUGAGCUGUGGAUUGAUGCAUCAGGGAGCACGCAGACUCCUGCUCCUGAAAAGAAAGAGGCUGAUUUCUUUGAAGAACAUACUCAGCCUACAAAUACCUGGGAAAUGGCCUCUCCUACAUUGUCAGAGCAGAAUGGAGCCGACAUAGUCAGCUCCUCAUUGGACCAAGAGAGCUGUAAAGAACCAGAAAGAACCAAUCUCCAACCAGACGUUGGUCCAAGCAUUGAUGGUCUAACAGAUCUCAAAGCAACUAUGGAUGACUCUAUGCGUUUGACGUCUGAUGAGCCACACCAGUCCAAAGAGUUAAAGCCAUCCAUCAUUGGAAAGAAGAAGCCCACGACAACAAAGAAGGGGCUUGGAACCAGGAAGGGCCUUGGUGCCCAGAAGGUGAGCAGCAAGAGCUUCACAGAGGUGGAGAAACAAGCCCAGGUAGCUGAAAAACUGAGAGAGGAGCAAGUUGCUGAGACCAAGAAGCAGGCAGACGAAUCCAUUGUGGCCUCCAUGCGCUUGGCCUACAAGGAGCUGGAGAUUGACAGGAAAAUGGAGGAGAAGAAAAUCCAAAGCAUGGGAGGAAAGAAGAAGGAGCAGGCGGAAAGGCUGGGCAUGGGCUUUGGCCACAGAAGCGCGGUGUCCCAUUCUGUGAUGUCGGACAUGCAGGUGAUCGAGCAGGAGACCCCGGUUGGAGCAAAGUCCUCUCCACGUUCCAAGCUUGACAUGUUUGAUGAGCCAGGGUUCACCUCUGGACCUCCCAAAUACAAAGACAACCCCUUCACUGCGGGCGAUUCAUUCGCCUCACGGUGGGACUCGGACACAGCCUCCUCUUUCACCUCUUCCUGGGCUCUAGAGAAGGAGGAGCCAAAAGAGAGUGAAGUCACCAUAUCCAGCAUCCAACCUAUCGGAGAGAGGUUGCCCAGUAGACGAAAGCCUGAGGCAGCUGCCCCAGUGGCAGAAUCCAGUGAGGCCCGGGAGAAGUUUGCCAAUGCCAAGGCCAUCUCCUCUGACAUGUUCUUCGGACGGGAGGCCAAUGCUGAGUAUGAAGUCAAAACACGGCUGGAAGGCAUGUCCAGCAGCACCUCCAUCAGCUCGGCUGAGCUGUUUGGGGACGGGAGUACCCGUCCAGCUGCAGGUGCAGCAGGCUUUGACAGUGUGCUCCCCUCUGGACCUGACAUUGCCCAGUUUAAACAGGGUGUAAAGACUGUUGCUGGAAAGAUGGCUGUUCUGGCCAAUGGAGUCAUGAACACCAUACAGGAUCGUUACGGAGCCUACUGAACCCCCCCCCCCCCCUCCCCAAGAGCUGAAAGGAGAGAGAACUUCUGCUGAAGGCCCCACGAUGCUGUCAUUCAGACAGAGGGAGCGAGAGCCAUUAAAGAGUAACAGGCAUGGGAUGACUAUUUCUUCCCCCCAGUCUGCCUAUCCUGACCUGUAGACAUUAACAGACAUUCAGACAGUAUUUUCCUUUCUCUUGGAGACUUUAUUUUGCAGCAAGAAGCACUGUAAGGUGGGAAACUUAUGUUUACCAAUCCGCAUCCUUUAAGCUCGUGCCCCCCAACUACCCUUUUUAUUUUUGGUCUCUAUUUCAAACAUUUUUUUUUUUUUCCUUUUUAAGUGUUCUGUAAGAAAUGUAUAACCAAACCUCUGUUUAGCAGCACCAUGUUCUCAUGGGUUUCUUUCAUUGUUUUUUAAAUGGUAUCAUGGUCUUAAUGGACAGCGCAGUACUACACUAUGACUCACUAGGAAAGGGAACUGCAAUCCACUUUUUUGUUAUUUACACAUAUUUAUAGAUUUUCCAGUUUAUUUUCUGUUUGUCAAUCUGCCAUUUCAAUGGUACGACUGACUAUAAUCCCAGAGUGUUGAAUAGUACAUCAGUGAUCUUGGUAAGUGAAAAAUUGCAAUUAUGGAUUUACAGUGAUCAAUAUUGGGGGGCAGGUCAGUAAUUUAAAGAGAUGCAGUAUGAUACCUUGCUGAUGACUGGCCUCAAUUGUCAUUGAAUGGAGAAUAUCUUGGGAGAAUCUACUAGUGCUGACUCUUAUAAUUUUUUUUUUUUUUUUAAAUGUACUUUGUGGUCUUUUUUCCUUCCUUCCUAGUAAGGAGGACGUUGUGUUGCUUGUUCAGGGUGAGUCCACUGUCUUGCUUCAGAGAUUAGUGGGAUGAAAGACAUGGGGCUACAUGGUCUGAUGGAGAGCUUGUGUUCUGGAGAUAACCUGCAUUGUCAUUGCAAACACACUCAUUCCCCCUGGAUCAGACCACUUUGUAUUCAUGCAACUGUAAUGCUCUGUUUCUUGGAGCAACUCUUACACACACACACACACACACACACACACACAUUAACAUAAGUGAAAGUGAAAUAAUGCAGACUGAAUUACUAACUAGUGUUACACCCCAGUUAUUGACUGGGAGAUAUACUUUCUGCAUCAAGCAAGCACACACAUUUACAAAAACAGUUUAAAUAGAAGAAUACAAAAUGACAAUGACAAGUCCUCUGAUUAUUUUAUGCAUGUAAAAUAAUUACUGCUUUCAAAAUGAAAGGUGUUUUUAUUCUUUGCUUUCCACUAAUAUAUCUAUAUUUUUCUUUGGAUUCUGCCUGACUGUAAUGGGGAAGGAAGUAUUUACGUUUUAAAGUUCUCCUAAUGUUCAAGACAGACCUGCCCGUCUGUUUCUGCCACACAGAUUAAAAACAAAUUGACAAUUCUCAGACUGCCCUUUAAAGAUUUUAAAUAUUUAUUGUAAGCUAUCAAACAAAAAACAAACAAAUGCAAGAUUUGUGUCAAUAAAGUUUGAAACCCUUCUCCACAAAA